AAAGGAAACAAAAAAACACUGCUGCUUACCAUUUUCUCUUCCUCUCUGUUCUGGUUGCUUUCUCUCUGUCUCUGCUCAUUGGCUGAGUUCUAGAACCUCAUUACUAUUUCCAUCUUUUCUUCUUCAAGUUUCAGUCUUUUUUAUUAUGCUGCUUUACAUCAUACCGUAUCUGAUCUGGGUUUUCAUUAGUUUUUAUUAAGAAGAUAGUUUUCACAAAACUGUUAUGUAGCUUGGCCACAGUGUUUGAAACCAUCUUUAUAAACAAAACCCAUCUGUUUCUUGCGGUUUUGGACUUUUGGUGCUUUCUUUAUCGGCGAAAUCAGAUUUUUGAGAAAUGGGGUUUGGACAAAGAUGCAGAUUUGGAUGUAUUUUGUGAGAUUUCUUACGUUUUUGGACCCCAGAGAUUGGAAGAUGUUUGCAUAAAUGUGCCUGAUAAGAGAUCUCUGUUAGUUGUUUGAAAUUGCUUUCAAAAGGGUUCCUGCAUCAUGGGAAGAGGUAGAGGAAAAAGUAAGAAGCAGACUGUCGCAUCUCGUGAGGACACAGGAAGUGGUGAAGAAGAAAAGAUUCCGGUGCACAGAAAAAGAGGAAGGCCACAAAAGCCAUUGAAGGAUAAUAUGGACGAAGAAGAAGUAGAGAAGACAGAGGAAGAUGGUGGUGAUGCAAAAGGUUCCGUCACUGGCAAAGAUAUGAAAAAUCAUGCUGCUGCAGAGAAUGGAAGGAAAAGGAAGAGAGCCAGGCAGGCUAAAGAAGAUAUAGAUUCAGUCAAAGAAGAGAAUGGCAUUGCAUCAAAGUCCAGCACUGAUGAUUCAAAAAAAUCUGCUGGAUAUCGACAAAAUGGUAGCAGGCGGAAAAACAAGCCUCGGCGAGCUGCUGAAGCUGGUGUCGAGUGCAAGUGAGGUUCUACUUGGCUAUCACAAUUUACUUAUACGUACUUAGCAAGGGGUUUUGCUCCUGUGUGGAGGCAGAUGUUUCUUUCACUAUAUGUUAUUUGUUUUUUUGUAGUUUCUGAAUCCCAAUUUUCACAAAUGUUUUUCUUUGCUGGGAAGGUUUUUGAUCACUUUAUAUAGGGCAUGUAAUCCUUCAUGAUGUUAUCGCUAUUCCAACAUCAUUUUGCUAGUCCAUUGAUAGCAUCAUUUUAUAACUAUGAGCUGUUAGCAGCUAUCGUUUUUGAGAUAAAUGUUUUCUCUUAUU